UGUAUUAGGCAAAUAUAAAGUGAUAGGAGGUUCCACUAACUCCUCGUGUGACGUAAGCAACAGGAGUUAGUGGUGCUUCCUUUGAUUCAUAUUCUCCUAAUAUGAGAAGCGUGAUUGGUUAGAAAUACAAAAUGGCCAACGAAGUGAAGCGUCCGCGAUUAUAUUCUGAUUGGUUAGAAAUCCAAAAUGGCCAACGAAUGGACACGUCCGUGAUUGGUUGUUCAAAUGGAUGCGCAAGGGCGUAUACGCUGCUGCUGACGUCACACGAGGAGUUAGUGGAACUUCCUAUCACUUUAUAUUCGCCUAAUACAAAGUGUAUAUUUCGAGCCGAUUCCACUAGAUGGCGCCACGGGCGCCUCGCAAUAUUACGUGACCACGUGACGUUAAUAUAUCAAAACAUCCAGGAUGUGUCGGAAAAGCGAGCGUGGAUUUUAUUGAGUGAUAACUUAUUUUUAAUCGUUUUCCCCCUUUUUUUAUUGUGCGCAUGUCCUUAUCGAAUCCUACAACGUUUUAAACAUGCCGAGAGAUAUUCGAUCUUAUUUUCUGUCUGGCAAAGCGAAUUCUACUUCGACUUCGACGAAAGCUUCGAAGAGACGAAUUAUUGCCUCCGACGAUGAGGACGAAAUAUCUCAAUCUCCUCUAAAAAAAUCCAAGAAAACGUUGCCGAAGAAAGUUGCCGAAUCUGAUUCUGAGAAUGUGUUGAAAAAGAAAACGGUUUCCCCCAGUGAUAUAUUUGGCAAGAGUCCUGUGAACAGAGAGGAGGCACCUAAAGUAUCUAAGAAGUUACAAAAGAAGGAAAGCGAGAUCCACAAUGACGAUGAUUUCGAAGCUACGUUGACGCAAUUAGACACGUCUGAUAUCGAAAAGAAAUACUUGGAAGAAACUCGUAAAGAUGCGCAUGAGAACAAAAAGAAGGAAGCGACUCCAGUCAAAGAGAAGAGGUCAUCUUCUAAAAAUGCAAAACAUAAAAACGGUUCGACCGAAGACGUCGAUGAUCGUGAGGACAAAUCGAAGAAGUCGACUAAGAAGACUGAACUUCCUAACAUAGUAGUCGAACAUGUAGAGAAGAAGAAAGCAUCUCCGAAGAAGCCGGAUGUGUACGAAGAAAUAAUUGAGAAGAAGAAACAGCAUUCUGUCAUGUAUCAGCAAUAUCUGAACAGAGGUGGAGCGAGGAAUCCGGGCUCGAAAGAGGUCCCGGUCGGGGCUGAGAACUGCCUCGCGGGACUGAGUUUCGUAUUGACCGGAGUCUUAGAGUCGUUGGAAAGGGAGGAGGCAGAGGAGCUUAUAAAGAAAUACGGAGGCCGGGUGGUGCACCAAGUGUCGAAGAAGGUCAACUACGUGAUAAUCGGUGACCAGCCUGGUCCCGCUAAAGUCGAGAAAGCCAGGAGUUUGAACGUGACGCAAAUAUCAGAGGACGAUUUGUUAGAGUUGAUUAAAACGAGGCCUGCGGGUCAGGCUAGCAGCGUACAGAAACCUCGUGCGCGAUCGACUUCAAAGAAGAGGAUCAUUUCCACGGAUUCGGAAGAAUCGUCUCCACCGAAGAAAGCAAAACUCGACAACGAAAAACGAUCGCCUUCACAGAAGAGGAUCAUUUCCACGGAUUCGGAAGAAUCGUCUCCACCGAAGAAAGCAAAGCUCGACGACGAACAGAAAGAAGCGUCGCGUACCGACGAGAAAAAUAAAUCUGAGAAGCCGUCGAAAGCGUCGCCAAAGAGAAAAGAGCUGAACAAUGAAGAUCUGAAGACGAAAUCACCGAUCAAGGUGAAACACGAAUCGAAGAAAUUUAUCUUAGAUAGAAAGGAAACGAUGAACGAGAUUGCAAGCGUCCCCGUGCAAGCAUUGUCCGAGAAAUACAGACCGAAGACUAUGAAACAAAUCCUGGGCCAGCAAGGUGACAAGAGCAAUGCUAAAAAGUUGCACAGCUGGUUAAUGAACUGGCAUAAGAAUCAAACUAGCAAAACGAAGCGUACGAAACCUUCUCCGUACGCGAAGAACGACGACGGAGGAUUUUUCAAAGCCGCGUUAUUGUCCGGUCCACCGGGUAUCGGGAAGACCACGACGGUUCAAGUCGUCUGCAAGGAGUUAGGCUUCGAUCUCGUCGAAUUCAACGCGUCCGAUACCAGAAGCAAGAGGCUCCUGAAAGAAGAAGUGUCGGAACUGUUGUCGAACACCUCGUUAAAGAAUUAUUUCGAAGACAACAAGAACAAGCCGUCUUGGAACCACGUUCUGUUGAUGGACGAGGUGGACGGAAUGGCCGGUAACGAGGAUCGCGGUGGUCUGCAAGAGUUGAUCAGUUUGAUCAAGUCCACCGACAUACCCAUCGUCUGCAUCUGCAACGACAGAAACAAUCCAAAGAUGAGGACACUCAGUAAUUACACGUUCGACUUGAAAUUCGCGAAGCCUAGACUGGAACAAAUCAGGGGAGCGAUGAAGUCCGUGUGCUUCAAAGAGAACAUUCAAAUGUCGAACGAAGAUCUCGAUCGCCUGAUCGAGGCGACGAAUCAAGAUAUCCGACAAGUCAUAAAUCAUCUGUCGUUGUUCGUAGGUCAGACCGGCACUCAGGAGAAGUCUGAGAAGAAGCACGCUAACAAAGAUCUGAGGCUGGGCCCAUGGGACGUCGUGAGGAAAGUGUUCUCCGCCGAGGAGCACAAACACAUGAACAUUCACGACAAGAGCGAUCUGUUCUUCCACGAUUACAACAUCUCACCGUUGUUCGUGCAAGAGAACUAUUUGUCCGUGGUUCCUCAAGGCGUACCGAAAAACGCACUACUGGAGAGAAUAGCGAUGAGCGCCGAGAGCAUAGCGAUGGGAGAUCUGGUCGAGAGGGCUAUAAGGAGUAACAACGCCUGGUCCCUUCUACCGACGCAAGCUUGUUUCUCAUCUGUGAUACCCGGCACGUUGAUGUCUGGUUACAUCGGCGGCCAGAUCAACUUCCCGAAUUGGCUCGGUAAGAAUUCGCGAACCGGUAAAUUUAAUAGACUGAUACAAGAAAUCACGCAGCAUGCACGUUUGACUACCGGCGUCAGCAAAGAAGCGAUAAACUUGGACUACCUCAAGCCCCUUCGAAACGCCAUCGUCAGGCCUUUGACGUCCAGCGGCAAGGAAGAUAUAAGCGCGGCGGUCGACGUUAUGAAUCGUUACCAUUUACUCAGGGAAGAUUUAGACUCUUUGAUAGAGGUAUCCUUGUGGCCGGGCGAUCGCGAUCCGAUGCAGUUCGUAGACAGCAAGACGAAGGCAGCGUUCACGAGGGCGUAUAAUAAAAAUUCGGCACCGUUGCCGUACGCGGUGAACGCUACUACCAAGAAGAGAGCGGCCAGCUCGCAGAACGAGGGAGAGGAAGAAGAUGCUCUCGAGGAGGAAGCGAAUUCCGAAGACGAUAACAUCGAUGCGGAUCAGAUGAUCAAAGCGAAGAAACCGAAAGAGAGCAAGAACGCGGAACCGAAGAGUAAGAACGAAGGGAGAGGCAAGACCAGUAAUAAACCGGCGAAACGUGGACGUGGAAGAGGGAAAUGAACUCCUAGUAUCGGAAUGUAACAUUUAUUUUUGGAAUGUACUCGUUAAUAAAUUUUUUACUUAUAUAUUCUUUCUGCGAUGAUGGAAGUCCUGAGGAAUCUCUAAACGUAUUCUUACAGGUGACUUCCACAGAACAAUAUUACGUCUUAUUCGUUCGCUUCAGUUGUUCCUAUCGAUUCGGUGGUCUCGACAGCGAGCUCCGAUCUAGUUUGUACACAUUCUGAAAUAAAAAGCAUGACGUCUC